AUGGGUGAAUACAGGCGGUUUCGUCCAGUCACCAGGGGUGUCAAGUCUUUAGGGAACACACAGAGGCAGGGAGGAGUUGAAGUAUCGAAGAAAAAUAAGGACUCUGCGGCGGCCCUGCCUUCGUGCGCCGGCGCAGAGCCGUUGCGGCCCGAGCGGUUGCAGGUUGAGCGGUUUCUAGCCCGCUCCGCUGAGCGGCCGGACUGGGCAGCUGCGAGGGCUGCUCGACCCAGCCUGAGGCCUCGGCGUCCGCCUCCCGCGGUGCCCUCGUGCCUAGGAUCCGCCGACAUGAAUCCCAUCGUGGUGGUCCACGGCGGCGGGGCCGGCCCCAUCUCCAAGGAUCGGAGGGAGCGAGUGCGCCAGGGUGUCGUCAGAGCCGCCACCGUGGGCUACUGCAUCCUCCGAGAGGGCGGGAGUGCUGUGGAUGCCGUGGAGGGAGCUGUGGUUGCCCUGGAAGAUGAUCCUGAGUUCAACGCAGGUAAAUGUGCCUUUCAACUAGUAAAUAAUGUGAGUCAAGUCAAGCUCCUCCCUCAGAAUAAAUAGAACCUAUGUACAGUGUCAGGAAAUCUAAUGAGCUUUAGAGUGAAACUA